CUAAAAGAAAAAUAAGGCCCCUUAGCAAUAUGAGAGAAUUUACCAAUAAUUUAGUUCUCAGCUGAACGUGAGCCAAGGAACAACGGACAAGGCAAAGUAUUUUUCUCCGUUAGAUUACUGAGACUUAACGAACAAGGGCAAAGGACGAGUAUUUUUCGCCGUUAGAUUACUGAGAUUUAAGCAUGGGACGUCGCAAGUCCAAGCGCAAGCCGCCGCCAAAGCGUAAAAACAUCCAGAGUCUGGAAAAGCAGUUUAAUUGUCCUUUUUGUAAUCACGAGCGUUCCUGCGAUGUCAUAUUGGACAAAUUAAGGAAGGUAGGUCGCAUUAUAUGUCGCGUAUGUCAGGAAUCCUAUCAAACGACAAUCAUAUCCCUAUCGGAACCAGUCGACGUCUAUAACGACUGGAUUGAUGCCUGUGAGGAGACAAAUUAGAAUAAGAGCGAAGAAAAACCCACCAAUUUACACAAGUGUACAUACUACAUAAUAUAGUUAUAGCUCAGAAAGUUUUUGUAACGCCAACAACGAAGUCGCGCCUCGGAUUACCAAGGGAUACACAUAUUCACAACUUUAUAAUGGACAUAUUUUAGGCGAAUCAAAAUACUUUUUAGUAAUCCUCGAAAGUAUGCAGUAUACGUCUUGGUCUAGUCGCAAUUUUAAAAAACACCCUGCGCAGCCUAAAGAUAUGCUUUAAGGUCGUGCAUUCUCCGGUUCGGAUAAGAAAAUGUUUCCCAAAUAAAAUGAUAGAAUACAA